AUGUUGUCUUCAAAUAAUAAAUGCAAAACCUGCGAUUCCUUUAUCACAACUUUGCUUUUGAUGAUUUAUGCUGUCGCGAUCAUAAAUGCAAGUCCAAUAAACGUUGAUAAAAGUCGAUUUGAUUCAUUCCUCGUGUUUGGUGAUUCAUAUUCUGACACCGGAAACUCGUAUAAUCUUACAAAUCAUACCUGGCCACUUCCAGUGUAUUUUAAAGGAAGAUUUUCAAAUGGCCCAAUAUGGGUAGAAUAUCUCGCAACUAAAUUGAACUUGACUUUAAAAAAUUACGCGUUUGGUGGCGCGACUGUAGAUAGUAAUUUAACUCAAGGCUUUACAGGAGCAAAUUUCAACGUUAGUGUGCCAGGUAUCGUACAGCAAGUAGAUACCUAUGUGGCAACUUUGCCGGCUGAUGCAAAAACUCAAAAAACGCUUGUUUCGAUAUGGUCAGUUGGUAACGAUUACCUAGAUACAAAUUAUACAGUUGACCCACAAAAAGUAGUCGACCGCCUUUCAAAAGCCUGGACAACACUCUACAAGAAAAAUCUGCGAAACUUUAUAAUUCCAAAUGUUGGCGAUUUUUCACAUUUACCUUUUAACAAAAACGCCUCGAAAGAACUCCUCCAAAAAGCGCAGGAUGUCCACGUAAAGCACAAUUUCUAUCUUCAGAAAGCUGUGCAAAGUUUCGUCGAUACGUAUCCGGAUGUGGUUGUGUGGAAUGUUUCUGUGGAUCUUUUUAACAUCGGUUUGCAAACUGCCCCACAAUCACUCACUGGUCUAAGUGAUUUCGUGGAUCCUUGUUUUAUUUUGUCGACUGGAACUGUGUGCCCGGAUCCUACAACUCAUUCUUUCUGGGAUCAGUUUCAUCCGACUACACAGGUUCACAAGGAUUUUGCUGAUGCAAUAGAUAGUUUUUUUGCUAAUGCAACACCUUCUUUAAUUAAUUUAUGA